AUGGGUGGUUGGGAUGUCAAUUGCGCGUUCUGUUGUGGACCAUUUGGGAUAUACGAUCCUUUUGGUGCCGAGGACGACGGUUACGACAGAAGUGUCAUAUCUUCUGAAGAGUUGGAGUGGUUAGACGCAGUUCGAGUGUUUGGAUUCAACCCGGCAAGCUUUGCGAGUGAUAAGUGUUUCAUAACUGGAGUUGGAAACGGUCAGGAAUAUGGUUCCGUAGAUGUUGUUCGAGGGCAGGAUCCCAACGUUCCACAGUCUGACUCGAGCUUGGAUCCGGAUCCAUCAGAAAUGAUAAAUAUCACGGUAUAUCCUGAUGAAAGCAUUUCUCCAGAUGAUCCUUUUGCUGUUCCUUUUCAUAUGCCAUGUUAUGAACUCUUCGUUCAGGUGGUAGCCUUCCAUACAUAUGGCAAAACAUCGUGGCCAUCUUUAGGUACCCAAAUAAUCGAAAGAGAAGCAUUGUGGCAGGUAAUGAAAGGGCUGCAUCCACCAUAUGGUCAUGCUCUUUCACUCAACUACAGAGAAUUGAAUCAUUCUGCCGAAGAUCAAUAUUGGUGGAAACCUUGGCUGGCGAAUCCGUACUCUCUAAAAAUCCAAGAAUUUAUGGACAUUUUGAAGACGGGAAACAAUUUCGGGUUAAUCUCAGAUUCCGACAAAAAUCAAGCUUUGCAAAGCAAGACCGAUAUCAAGCCAGCUACAGCAAAUGCCAAUCUCAUAAUGCAGGCAUCUCCUUUUAACGGACUUACAGCUGAGGUUUUGCACGAGAUUUUGCUAUAUCUGCCAUACGACGACCUCCGGAAUUUUGCACUUUCCGGUAUUUCUAACAAUUCAUUGCAUAGAUAUCAAAGCUUUUGGAAACGGAAGCUUCUUCUUGAUAUGCCCUGGCUCUGGGAUCUCCCUACACCAGAAAAGGAGAUGAAUUGGUGCUCGAUUUAUAACGAAUUUCGCCGUCAAUGCUUUGCCCCUAACCAGUAUAAGAAUGUUCAACAUACAUCAGACACCUCUUCGGCUACUCAACUAGACCAUCCUAUGGUCUUUGGUUUGGCGAAUCGGAGAAGAAUUUGGCAGACUUGCGAACAACUGGCUGAGGUGUAUCUGGAAGAGGUGAAGAGGAGGCACAGUGGCGAUGAGGGAGAGAUUGAGCAAAAUAGUAUCUCGUCGGUGACAACACUCGUUGCUUUUCCUACGCAGAAGGGGGCGGUUGGCUUAAGAACUUGUUUCUUGAAAUCUUGGGAAGAACUCAAUGUGGAGAAAAUAUUAAACCUAUAUUUUCAGGAGGAUGGAAUAUUAGUCGGGGCGAGCAUUAGUAUGGAUGGGAACACCAACAAAGAAGUGUUUGGGGAUACAAGCGACAUACAAGAGUCGGUUAUUAUUCCUAAAGAUACUUGGGUGGCGAACAUCGAGCUUGUGUUGAGUAAUUCCCACUGCUUGGACAAGGAUGCCAAAGUAGGAAUUUGUGGUAUGACAAUCCACCUAAAAGACCAGACGAUCCUAGAAGUUGGUACCCAAGAUGGCGCACGACGACUCUUGGAAAUUGACGGAAAAAUGACUUUUACAGGUUUCACUGGGGAGAAAGGAAAAGACGGCCCAAUCCAAAGAUUAGGACUCUUGAUCUGCAACCAAGAUAAAUACUCAACCCACACCCCCUCCCAACCAACAACCCGUACCAAAACCCUCUGGACACCCACACUUCCACCUCAAUCUCUCACCGUAAGCCCCUACAACACAGGCUACUGGACCGCCGCCCGUUCUCUCGACACCAUCCCAGCUCAAUACCUCAUCCUAGGCGAAUCCUUCACCGAUCUCAAAAAGAUAACCGGCAUCUCAGGCGAUCCUCAGCUCCGCGAUCUAACCUUCCAUUACGUCGACGGCACCGAACAAACAAUCGGUGCAAGUCGAAUGAAACCACAUGGCUCUGACCCCCCAAGAAAGAGGUUCGAUAUCGAUGGUCCCGGGGGAGAGAGAAUCGUAAGUGUGAGUAUAGGCAUGAAUGCGCUACCACAAGCUAUAAAAAUCACCACCUCCCUCUCCCGCACCGCAUUCUUCGGGCACACCCAAAAAAACGCGCACACAACCUACACCGCCCCCAUCAACGGUUUCGUCGCCGGCAUCUACGGCACCUGGGGCUACUUCCACGGCGCGAACCAUAUGCCGGAUGUACACGCGAAAUGUACGUCUAUUUCGGUGUUUGGGGGGGAAGGGGAGGCGGGGAAGAUAGGUGAUGGGACGACGUUUAGUAUUGGGAGGAUGGAGGGGGGAAGGUGGGUCAGUGGUGGGGAGCAGGAUUUGGCGUUGACGGGGGAGGGGAGUGGGAGGGGAGGAGGGGGGAGGGGAAGGUUUGGUGAGGGGAGGAAGAGGAUAGCUGAUGCUGGUGGAUGUAGGUAG